GGUGGAGUUGGUAUUCACCCAUAUUGCAAGAGCUCGUCCCCCUUCGGAAUCACCUCCAUAACAAGAAGAGAUACAACCGAUUGUAGUCCAAGAACUUGCUAAAAUGGAGGGUUCAACUGAUGCAGAUAAAGAGUUUGAAGAAAUCGUGAACCAGAAACUAGUGCAGCCCACAAAAAACUGGACCAGUCUAUUUCAGAAUAAGAGGGAUAUUACUCAGGGUAUGCAACUAGUGUAUUUCCCACCCUCUCGGGGUGAUGUUUUACUCAUGGAAGAAGAAGAUAUAACACCAUUUGUUCAAAUCUGGAGAUACUAUCUUGUGAGAUGUCUUACUGGAAACUUCCCUGGUCUUAAAGUUGUUGUCACUUUGGUAUCGUCGUGGGGAGUCCCUUGUAUUUGCAGAAAUUAUAUCUCGGUUCGUAGUUCUUAGUUUGAUAAUAUUCUAUUGAUUCUAAUUUGUAUUUCCUAGAAUAACAUUUAUAAGGCCUAUACUUUCUUCUUUUGCUAUUCUUAGCCGCUACGGUUUGUUGGAAUUGGAAUUUAUGUUAUUUGUCAUGGUUUUUGGCGUUUCACUUGAUGUACUUUUGAACAAGAUAUCAAUUCAAUACAAAA